GACGUCCUUUCUCUAGGUCAAAUGUUCGCAGCCACUUAGCAUCUGUUUGAUGCGGAGGAUUGUUGAGAUUCCUAGGUCGCCUGGUGGUUAUGGGUUUCGUUUGAAGAAUGAACGUCCUUGCCUCAUAGAUCAUGUUCUAACUGGGUCUAAUGCAGAAAAAUCAGGGGUUAGAGUUGGUGAUAUAUUGCUCAAAGUGAACGGUGUGAAUGUUAUUAGUGCUACUCACGAAGAAGUUGCCUCGUUGAUUAGGCGAUGCCAUAAAAAGUUAUUCAUUGAGGUUUUCCUCCUUCAAACUGUAAUAUAUCUUUAGGUAGAGUCACAGGAAUCAAGGUCUAGCCAAUGUAUCAUUGGUUCUUUAGAAUCCAGUCAUCAGGAUUCACACUGCAUGAUUAGUUCGGAACACAAAACUUAUAGCACAACAACCUCCGUGUUGAUUUAUGCAGGUUGUGUAUCAGUGCCUACUGAUUUUAAGUCACAUACUGAAGAACUUUCGAUUCUAAGGAGGAAAACUAACUCUGUGGUUAAUAAAAUACAUGUCCAUGCGAUAUCAAUAUGCUUGGUCGAUAUCCGUUUAGGUGUUCUCCAGGUUCACCUUCAUGACACAUACACUGCAAAAUACCCGGUUAGCUGUUUGCACUCAGCUGGUCAUGUUGAUUCCGACGAAAAGUUUCUUUACAUUGUUACUCGCAGUAAGAACAAAGGUAAUGCAAACACGAUAAAAGUCAAUGAGAACCGGGGAAAAAAUGCUUCUGUUAAGUUAAUGAACUGUCAUGUAUUCAGAACACUACCAGCAAAAUUUUUAUCUCAUUCGGGUCACAUAGCGAUUGCAAAGACGUUUGGAAUAAACUGUUCAUAUGACCGCUUGACUGGCGAGUGCUGUAAUUUCCCUUCCAGCACUACUUGUGCACUAUCCCAUUUACAAACUAUGCUGGGGAAUUCAGGAUUACAAAGCACUAUGAAUAUUGGAGAUCUUCGGAGCGUUUCACGACGAAGUUCCGAAAUAUAUCACAGUUCAGCUGAUAUUUCUUCGACAGAAUUUCACACGAAAUCAAAUUCAAUAGCAAUAAGUUUCCAGGAUCCAAACCAUCAUGCUAAUCAGCCUAAAAGAUCCCGUAAUUCUCUUCCUGAACCAAUAAAUCCUAACUUGAUCUCAAAGUUUUUAAAGGCCACUUCAUCUUUAAGUUCACGAAUUGUGAGUUCAAAGAAUUCUUUGGAAAUGGUAAAAACGAAUUGUAAUGAACAGCUACCAAAAAUCAGUUGUUUUAGUUCUACUACUGAAAUUGAAGAUACGGAAAAUAUAGAGCCACCUAAUGAUACGUCAAGUGCGUCAUCAAAUCCAAUGUCAUGGGCGAAAGAUUUUGAUAACCUUUUAAAUGACCCUGUCGGUUGCAAUGAAUUUAGGAAAUUUCUGAUAACAGAAUUCAGCAGUGAAAAUCUUGAUUUUUUGCUUUCAGUCCGUAGUUGGCGUCAUUCCUUUGAAACCGGAAAUGUGAAAAAGAAAGCAAAUGAGAUAUUUAGUCAAUUCUUGGUUUCUGAUGCUACUCAAGCUGUAAACAUAGAUCAUUUAGCUAUAAAGUCUGCCUCAUCUUGUUUAUCACAUCCUCAUGUAGAUAUGUUCUUAGAAGCUGAAAAUCAGGUAUAUACAUUAAUGAAAACCGAUUCAUUCCCACGAUUCUUAGAGUCUUCAAACUAUUCAUCAAUAAUAAAUAAUUUCAAUGUAAAUAAAUCUUCCCGAAAAUCAACUGUGCUAAAUCAAUCUAAAAGUUUUAAGAACAAAACAGAUGUUUCUCUAGAUAGAAUGUCUUCAAAAAUAUCAACAACUAUUAACCGACCUGGUAAAGACGAUGGUAAAUUGAUAUCAUCGCAAGUAAAAAGUUGUAAACAUGGCAGUUCUCAAGUGAACAAAAGUAAAAUUGUAGUCAUGCAUAAAAGUGAUAAAACUUCUACUCCUAAUGCUGAGAUCAAAGACAAAUUGAAUAAGGAAUAUAAUAAUAAUAGUUUCAAGUCAAAUUUAAUAAGAUUAAAAAGUAUGAACGUGAUCUCACGCAGUUCUAGGGUGGCCAACAGUCCAUGUUCAAUUUUAAGCGAAUCUUCAAAACACAAUUGCGUUGCUAGUAAGAGAUGUCGGUGAACCGAGUGCACGCGUGGUACCUAUCAUGCACAAUUGAAAACUGUACAUAAUUUAUUAUCAUAACCAAUAAACUCAUUUUCAUACCAAAAUUUCUUUUCUUUAUUAGGUAAUGUUGUGAGGUUGAUUGUUCUGAUUUCUUCCAGUGAUUUUUCAACUUGACAUUUCUGUAAGUUCUGUUAGCUUAGUCCUUUAUAUUGCAUUGGUCUAUAGUUGAUCAGGGGAAUUACCACAUUGCUUCAAAAAGCUCUCUCGAUCUUUCUCGGCUUUGGCUGCUUCUAGGGUACGCGAAGUGUCCGUUCACCAAUGAAGGGAUGAAUAUACCGCUGAUUUGAUGUUUGGCUUUGGAGCAACUAAAUGUGCAUUGUGGUUAUGGUGUAAGCUGCUUAGCAAUAUAUCAAAGGGUUAAUAGAGCUACCAGUCUUUAUCGACUGCUGUGCGUAGAACAUAUGCUUCGGAUACCUAGCCACCGCCUUCUCUGAAGCACGAUGCUGGUUGAGGUGGAAAUAUGUUUAAGUAAACUUCGGAGAGGUUGCUAAACCAAAACAUGGUAUCAGACUAUGAAGUCAACAAUUUAUGAAAUGAUUGCUCCAGGAGUUGGUGAGGACUACCUGGUUCGUGUCUGCGCAUUUGUAAAUUAGAGACUCCGAGUGAUUUGGGUUAGAAUCGAUCAUAAUCACAUAGGUGCACUUAAUCCUUACUUUUCUCUCAAUGUUGAUCUUCAAAAUUGUUCCAUAAUUUUUCAGACCCAUCCUUAUUUUGAAAUAUUUAACUUCGCGGAAUUAUUAUUUUAACUCUCUUGCUAUUUAUAGCAAUAACAUCACGUCAUAGUAAUGUGGCACGGCAACCUGGACUGACGCACUUUUGUGCCUCGAUGUAUGUUGGUCAAGAACGACUGACCGUACUUCCUUAGGUUUCGGAUAUUGACUUCCAUUAAUUUUCAUUGGCAAUUAUUUUAGUUGUGCAUAAAGAUGAAUCAUAUGCAAUCACCUACUUUCAUUUGGAUAUACCUGGAAUUUAUCCCGUCGCAGUUUUUCUAUUCGUACCCUGCAUAAAUGUACAGUUUAAAUUUAUACGAAUGUAUAGCCUUAUUUGAAAUCAUCUUUGCUCGUUUGCGGUUCGGGGACUAAUAAAGGGAAAUUUGAGCCUUAGGCGGUUAAAUGUUCAAAUAGCAGUCAAUUGUUGAUUAAUGUUCAAAAAUCUUCCUAUGACAAUAUCGAUUGUAAAUAAUUGUAUAAAUACGCUUGACUUGUAUGCUUGAUCUGAUCUGUCUGCCUGACUGGUUAUCUGCUGUUUGUCUGUAGAAUACACUUUCUACACCUUACCCAGACUUCUUGAUCGAGUUAGCAGAGUUGGGGACAACGGACCAGAAUAGACUAUCGAGUCUCUGAAACCUUGAUCCGAUCGAUAAGUCACUGUCUUACAAUCGGGCUGUCUCUUUGAGCCAUAACAAUUGGCGACGGGGUAAAAAAAAGAACAAUCCAAAGUCAGCCUUCAGCAUCCAGAUUUGUCAUCAGUGUCCUUCAGCAACAUUGGUCAUUAAUCAAACAGUAAUUUUCAUUACCGGUGCUGAAUAAAAAAAUGACUCUCCCUUCCGAU